GCGCCUCUCUCACUCUCCUCCUGACCUCGCCGAAACCCCCCUUCCAAACACCUACUCCCCGAACCCCGAAGGCGAUCCAUGGCGGCGGCGGGUUGGCUCCGGCGAGCGGCAUCGGCGGUGGCGCUGCCUCGCAUGCCGUCUGGACUCACCAUCAUGCCAGCCCCUCCCCCCGCUCCUCUCCCCGAGGCUCAGUCCCUCGUGCUCCCCUGCCUCGGCGCUGCCAUCGCCCCCGCGAUGGAACUCAUGGCCGUCCCCAAGAAGAAGAUCUCAAAAUAUAAGAGGGGUUUGAGAAAUGGACCCAGAGCCCUGAAGCCUGUUCCAGUAAUUGUCCGUUGCAGGUGCUGCGGGCGAGUGAAGCUGCCCCACUUCUACUGCUGCAGCGGAGAAAAAGGGAACGCCGGCGACUCCAGCUCAUAAACACCGGCUUUGCGCACGAAGCCGUGGCAGGACAUCUUAGUGCAAUGGAAAUCACCAGAUAUCGCUUUGUAUUCCGCUGCCUUCUCUUUGCGAGCAGUAAUCUACAUAGACUUUAGUUUGAUUCGCAUAAUCCCAUGGCGAACUUUAGUGAUGGUCUUUGCCAGGAGCGUGGGUGCUCUCUGAGAUGAGUGAUGGUUGAUUAUGUGUUGCUACCUUUCAGUAUGUAGGACGCCCCGUUCCUAUAUCAAAAUAAAAGGGGAAAACGGUAGCGUGUCUUUGUUUUGAUCAUCAUAUAGAACCGAGAAAUUAGACGUCUGUUCCGUCUCCCAUGGAAAAAAGAAGAAGAUAAAUUGGAUUUGGA